CACUGCAUUAUCUAGUUUGUUAGUCUGAUUAAGUGAUUAAGAAAUGUGUUAAGAAAACCAUCAAACAUUAACUUUUAUCAAAACAUAUUUACAAUGACUUGUUUUUUCCCCAAUAUAGGCUCUUUCUGUCAGCUAGAUGUGUGCGGCCAAGCUCCUCUUAGCACAAACUCGGGUGCGACUUUAGAGUCUUCGCCCUGGCAAGUAAUCAUUCAACAAAUCAGCAAUGGAAUUCAUUUUUGUAGCGGGAGUCUCAUCAAUAAAGACUGGGUUUUGACUUCAGUCCAAUGCGUAGUAAAUCCCAGCACUUUUGCUGACAUUAACAAAUCAGACUUUACCAUCUACCUGGGACGUGAAACCUACCAAGGCCCAAACCCGCAUGAGAUAAGCAGAAAAGUGAUUAAGAUCAUCAAGCAUCGUGCCUUUAGCGUUAAUACUUUUAACAAUGACAUUGCGCUGCUUCAGCUCUCCUCUUCUGUGAAUUUCAAUAAUUAUAUAAGACCAGUCUGUCUGGCUGCUGCUGGUAGUGCAUUUGAUGAAGGACUUUCAAGUUGGGUCACAGGAUGGAAAGAGGCUUUUGCUGGUUAUGAAGAAACAAAUAAUGAUUGGUCGGUAAUAGAAGAGCCAAUUGUGACCGUCCAAAACUGCAGUUCUGUCUAUGGUGGCCAGUUUCCCUUCAUGAUAAACAUGCUGUGUGCUGGACUUUUUAAUUAUGCAGGCAAGAUCAAGGGUGAUUUUGGAGGGGCAUUGGUCAUUCAGCAGGAUUCUCUGUGGAUUCAGUUUGGAAUUACGAUUUUUAUAUACACUAAUGAUGCUCAAGAUGAGGUCCUUGGCAGGCCAGUUGUGUUCACCAGAGUGUCUCAAUAUCAGCAAUGGAUCAACACUCAUAUAGGCAGUAACCCGCCUGGAUUUGUUGCUUUUCCUGAGCCUACUCCUGCUCCCACUUCUACUCCUGCUCCCACUUCAUCUUCUACUCCUGAUCCCACAACUUCUAUUCCUAAUCCCGCUACUUCAACUUCUGAUCCCACUACUUCUAUUUCUGGUUCCACUUCUUCUAGUAGUUCCACUACGGAUCCCACUUUAACUCCUAGUAGCUUGACCGGAAGCUCACUACGUCUUUACUCAUAUCCCGUUUCCCUCACAUUCUCCAUCAUUUAUUUCAUCUUCUGUCUCUUUAUGAAUGUUGUUAAGUGACAAUAAUAAUAUAAUUUUUCUCAUAAAUAAGGGAGGAGGAUAGUCGCAUUUGUCGGUUCUAUAUGGAUUCAAUUAAAUAUGAUAUAGUUUAACAUCUUUUGAAAUAUUUCAAUUCUUUAAUACUAAACUUUUAAUAAUGAAGUUGAAAUAUUUGUGUAUCUUACAAUGUAUUUGGUGUUCGGGUUUAUGUGUGGCCUAAAUUUAAAGCACAAAACUAAGAAUGUUAAGCUUCAUGUAAAUGAAAUUCUUUAUCUUUUAUCAUCCUGUCCUUGGUUAAGCACAGAUCAUUUACAUAGCAGAUGGAUCUUUAUAGACUGGAUCUUUUGAUUAAAUAUAUUUUCUUAAUAUUAGUCCUUUGGGUAUCAUGAAUACUGUACGUUUA